UUCUGUUCCGGAGCCCAUCUCCAUUCCAUUCAUCCACCCUCCGCUGAAGCUGCAGCGUCCAACCCCUCGGAGCAGUGAUGUUUUGGUGCAGAGCGGCCUGGCAGAGGUGUGGGCCUUUGGCCCGAAGGGUGGCGUGGAGACCCCUCCGGGACACUGUCCAGCGGAGGCCGAUGUCAUCACUUCCUGGCGGGUCCGGGGAGAAUAUUGUCUACGCCAUUCUGUGUGGAGGAGCCUUCGUCGGCGCUGUGACAUAUGCUGUUAGCACAGUGACAUCAGACCAGGCCAGGUUCAAUGAACGGAUUGCAGAGAUCAACGCCAGACCCAAGUCGGAGUGGGAGCCCAAACCGUGGCCUCCUAAGAGCAAAGAUGAGGAAGAUGGUGGAGAAGAGGAGGAGACAGCAGGUGAGGCUGAGGACAUUGCUGCUGAGGAACUGGCUGCCGAACCUGAGGCUGCUGAGGUGGAUGUGGCUGCAUCUGCUGGCAGUGAGCCAGAGACUGUAGUUGAAACUGCAGUUGAACCUGUGGCUGAGGUCGCUGAAGUCGUUGAAGACGUGGCCGAGGUCGUUGCCCUGGCUGCACAGGAAGUGGAGGCCAUCGCAGAGGAAGUGGCUAAAGUGGCAGAGGCUGUUGAGGAAGUUGCAGAGGCUGUUGAGGAAGCUGCCAUGGCUGUGGUUGAACCAGCUGUUGCUACUGCUGCUGAGGAGCCUGAAAGCAACGUGCUGCUGGCCGCUGCCUCAACUCUAGAAGUACCCAAGAUAGAUGAAGUAAAGGAAGAGCUGGAACCUGCUAUUGAAGAAGUCAAGGAAGUUGUUCCCACAGAGGAGUCCCUGGCAUCAGCUGAAGUACGUGUUGAAGAAGUUAGACAAACAGAAGAGACCCCUGCACUAGUUGAGACAGCACCUGCUGAAGAGGCUGCCACAGCAGCUGAGGCAGCACCCACCGAAGAGGCCACUGCAGCAGUUGAGUUGGCACCAGCCGAAGAGGCCGCCACUGCAGUGGAGUUGGCACCUGCCGAAGAGGCUGCCGCAGCAGUUGAGGCUGCGCCAGCCGAAGUGGCUGCUACAGCAGUUGAGGCUCCACCUGCCAAAGAGGUUGCCGCAUCAGUUGAGGCUGCACCUGCUGAAGUGGCUGCCGCAACAGUUGAGGCAAGCCCUGCUGACGAGGCUGCUGCAUCAGUUGAGGCAACGCCUGCUGAAGAGGCUGCCACAGCAGUUGAGGUAGCCCCUGCCGAAGAGGCCCCUGCAGCAGUUGAUGCAGCACCUGCCAAAGAAGCUGCUGCAGCAGUUGUACAGAUCUCUGUACUAGUGGCUGAAGAUGCACCAGUAGCUGUUGUGCCAGUGGUGGAAGAAGCAACCCCAGAAGAAGAUGCUCCAGUAGUUGAAGAAGCUGUCCCAGUGGUUGUAGAUACACCAGAGCCAGCCAUUGCUCCUGCAGAAAUGCCGAGUCUUGUAGCUGCAACUCCCGUGGAGAACAUAACAGGGGAUCCUAAGAGAGAGUACAUUGUUGUAGUUUUAGAGGGAACACCUAAAUCAGACGAGAGGCCCAAGGUGAUAGGAGUGGGGCCGAUGACGGGAAGGUUAAUCCCAGCUCCAGAUGAUGACCAUGCCCCUCCUUCUGAGGGUAGGCGACGUCUUCUUAGGAUGCAAAUGCAGUAGUUCCACAGAAGUAAACUCCUCCUGAAUGAUGACAUUAUAUCCUGCAGAAGAGGAUGUGCCUUUCUCCAGCUCUUUCCUUUUACUCUGAGCCAUAAGGGAUUCAUGUGUAUUCCAGAGUAAAGACGCAUAAUAUACAAUGUUUGGAUCAAUGCCUGUUUUAUGGAAUAACUGUCCUUGCACUUCUUCCCUCAUUCCACCCUGACAUGUAGUACACUACUCCCCUGACAGUCUUUGGGUAUAUGAACACUCAAUAUGCAGAGUUACAAUGCUUUGUUUCCUAGUAGCCAACAACAGUAAUAGUGUCUGUGAAGUGCAGUCUAUUUGUAUCUUCGGAAAAUACUGAGCUUUGUUGUCACUUUCUCCUUCACUGUUCCAUAGAUAUACUAAAGGACACUUUAGGAUGUCUUCUGGAAUACCUUUAAGCUGUCACUGCAUCCUUUUAACCCAAGCACUGCCCAGACCCUCGUGCUAUGAACCUCCAGUGUUAUCUCUUGAGGUGUAAUGAGUCAGACAGCAUCGCUGACAGCACCUCAGCUCAGGUUUUAAUGUGAAAAUGAAAAGCGGGGAUCAUCAACUUCUUUAAAAAUACAGAAUCACACUGAGCCCUCCUGAGUCCACGGGCCUUGCUACCUCACUUUUCCUCCUGUUAUCGGUUUUCUUAGCAAUACUCCAGACCUCUUCUUCCUGAUGCAUUAACAGUGUUACAGUACCAAAGCCAACAUGACAGGACAGUUACAACAGUGUAGGACUUCAAUAAACACGUUUGGAACAUGACCACUAAGACUAAAAAAAAUUCAGUCUAAUUGGUCUAAUGGUGUAAUUCUGCAUUGUCUGACUAUUCUCAUUGGAUCUAAACCUCCAAACAGGUUUCACACCUGGUCUUUUAAGGAUUUUUUCAUUCCUUAGACAAUAUUCACAUUGUGGCCAUGUGAUUAGCUCAGAUAUUGUUGUCAGAAGCCAUAUUUCUAUGUUCUAGUCAUAUAAACAGAGAACCUGACAAAUAUAAUUUCAUCACUUUGCAGUUGAUUAGAAACUAAGGUGAUGAAUGGUAAAAAUCCA